AUGGAUGAUGGAAGACACUUUAAAAACGAUUUUGAUAGUUAUGUACCGGGUAUGGAAAAAGAAUUUUAUGAUCAACUGGGAAAUUGCACCAAUCAGUGGAAGAAGAAGUUAAUGGAAAGUAUUUACGCAUACCUCAGGAAGUUGGAGGAUGGUCUCAGCUUGCAACAUCAUCGCCUGAGCGGAUCAGUCUAUGGUGGAUCCGGAGGUAUUGCAUUAACAUAUUUACAAUUAUCAAAGAUGAUGCAAGAUGGCUAUAGUCAGAAUUACUUACGCAAAGCAGAAAACUUGCUGCAAGUUUCCUUUAAACAUUUAAAAGAUAAAAACCAAGUCAGCUUUAUGUCUGGGGUUGCCGGUUUGCUAGCCAUCGCUUGCGUAAUUUACGAUCGUAUGGGAGAUAAAAAUCGCAAGGCAGAAUGUCUGAAGCAACUUCGAAGAUUAUCAAAUUUAUGUCAAAAUGAAUCUUUACCAGAUGAGUUAUUGACGGGAAGAAUUGGAUAUGUGUAUGCUAUGAAAUUUAUUGAAUACCACCUCAGCUGUGAAGAACAACAGAUUAUUGACGAGGUGAUCAAGAUUGUAAUAAAUAGUGGCAUGAACUAUGCUCAGGUGAAUAGCUGUCAUUCAACGUUAAUGUAUAAAUGGCAUGAUAAAGAGUAUAUUGGUGCAGCUCAUGGACUCGCGGGUAUACUAUACUUAUUGUUAAAGGACAAAAGUAAAUCCGCUGCUGUACAAGAAAAUUUAUCAGUAAUCAAAGGUGGAAUCGAUUUUAUCCUUAGCAUACAAUUUCGUGAAGGGAAUUUUCCGUCAUCACUCGGUAAUAGCCGUGAUCGCCUAGUUCAUUGGUGUCAUGGUGCGCCUGGUAUAGUUUACCUUCUUUGUGAAGCACACAAGGUAUUUAACGAAAUUAAAUAUCUAGAUGCGGCCAAAACUUGUGCUAGGGCUAUCUGGCAACGAGGAUUACUUUACAAAGGAUAUGGUUUAUGCCACGGAGUGGCUGGUAAUGGAUACGCAUUUUUGUGUAUAUACAAGACAACGACAGAUCCAACUUAUUUAUACAUGGCUUGCAAGUUUGCUGAAUGGUGCAUGGAUUCGUCAAGUGGACACGCUAGAACCGCUGAUAGGCCAAUAUCUUUAAUGGAAGGAUUGUCAGGAACCAUCUACUUUUUAACUGACAUGCUCAAUAUCAGCAAUGCAGCAUUUCCAGCAUUUCAAAUACCAAACACAAGUUAA